AUGUGCCGAGAUGUGGCACGGGCCAUGUGCUACCUGCACACCUUUAACCCAAUGAUUAUCCACCGUGACCUCAAGUCCCUGAACCUCCUUUUGGACAAGCCAGUUAAAGGACCCACGGAUGAGCCACUGAUCAAGGUUUGCGACUUCGGCGUGGCGAAGUUCCAGGUCCAAGACGGCGACUGGGGCCAGAUGACCAACCAGGCCGGAACCAAGCAUUGGAUGGCCCCCGAAAUGUGGAUCGGAUCCACUUACGACGAGAAGGUGGACGUGUUUUCCUACGCCAUGGUUAUCUACGAGAUCAUCUGCCGUGAGGUGCCUUUCGAGGAGGAGGAGCCGACAGAUGUCGGAAAAUACACCGUGGCCGGCAUCCGACCUGACAUGGAUGCCGUACCUCCCGAUUGCCCCUCGCAACUCCUGGAUGUCAUGAAGGCCUGUUGGGCCCACGAUCCCGCGGCUCGGCCCUCUUUUCCCAUCGUGCUGGAGAAGAUCGAAGCGGUGCGUGGUUGA